UUUCUUCUGUAGUUGCUACUGAGGAAAAUGCAUUUGCAAUAUCAAUGACAGUGAACCAGCAGGAGCUUGGAGGUAUUUGGUUCAGCAAGGUGUGUGGAUUUGGCACUAUGGGGGCAUUUACAUACAUACAUUUGUUAAUUUCACGCAAAUCAUGUACAAUGCGGAAUGAGGGUGACCCAUCAGGAUUUGGGGAUCGAUUUUGUACUGGAAACAGAGGUGCAUUCCAAUUGGAUCUGCAUUCCUUAAGCAUGCCUGCUUAUAAGAUUCUCCUGGCCUGAUGAUCUGAUUGAUAUCGAUAUGUCUCUGGACCUCUCCAUUACGGGGCAUCGCACCUUAUUUCCUCAAAAAAAGAGCAGAAGUGCCUACAGAUUUAAAGCUGCAAACUCUUUUGUCGAUGAAACCCUUUUUAGCAGCUCUGGGGGGAAAGUAGAUCCAGCUCUUCAGUGGACCACAGGCACUUCUGUCCAGGAACCAUACUUGCGGAGUCCAGAAGAAGAUAAGAAGGCAAAGACCACUGGCUGGACUAACUGCACACCAACAGGGACUCCACGGAAAAAAAACCAAUAUAGGGUGAAGAGUCACACUCCUUCCUAUUGUGACGAGUCUCUGUUUGGGCCAAAGGUGGAGGACUGCGGUUGGGAAGCACCAUGGGUAAAGAAAGAGGAUACUAUCAGGAUCCGUCCCCUUCUGUGGAGCCCACCCCCAAUAGUACGCCCACAGAGUUCCAAGCCAAACACUAAACAACUUCCGCUCCGAGCUGUACAUCCUCCUGAUUCCAGGACAAGUGCUCUGGGGAUGCAUGAAAAAAAAGGGAACUUCUGGAAGCCUCCAGAAAGUGACUCUGAUUCAGGUGGACGCCCUACCUCAGCUGAUCCUUCUGUCAGUGCAAAAGCUCGCUGGAGCUCGCCAAGGAGGGACACCGCACGGUCUUCAAAUUAUUCUGGAAGAUUGUCCGCAAGGAGAGGCUCAGGAACAGAAAGACCGCCAUGGAAAUAAUAAGGAUUCAGGAACAUGGCUUGAAAAAAAGGACAUUUUGCAGAGGGACAAAGUUCUGGCAGUACAAUCUUUCAUUUCUGCAUUUGAUAAGCCAUCCUGCAAAAUUCCAUUUUGCACUGUAUUUGAUAAUAUUUAGUGGAAGUUGUAGUCUAUGAAUAGAGGACUGUAACUGUCAAUUGAUUUUUUGUUGUUGUUGUUGUUGUUGUGUGGAUUGGGAUAAGGCUGUGAGCAUGUAAGGUCAAAUUCUGCCACUGAAAUACACAAAAGGUGGUUUUUCAGGUUUGUACGAGCCUGUAUAGCAAGGAGUGUGGUAUAUAUCAAAGGUAAUAGAUUAAAAAAGGGCACAUUUAUGGUAUCUGGGCCUAAUCCAUGUUGUACGCAAUGCAGAUGGUAACGCAACUGAGCGAUUAUCAGCAUACUGUGCAUGUGCCACAAUUGCACUGCGCACUUGCCAAGGUACCUCUGCGAUGCUGCUCCCAGUGAUAUUUUUAAUGCAGAGUGAUUGACAGGAAUGGACCGUUUGAGGGCGGUAACGGGUAAUGGCGGCAAAAACGCAGGCCUAUCCUGACCGUUUUUGGGACGUGUAUUUGCAUUCAGCUGCAAUCAUGUACGUAGAGAAACAUGUUGCCAGCGUCGCUACUGCCGUGACCAGCUUGCUUAACUAUAGCAUGUUCCUCGUUAUUGCAUAUAGGCUGCGUAUGUGUACGCAGUUGCUGAGGACUUUGCAAUGGCUCCGGUAGGCGUAUAUCUUAUUUUCUAGGUGGCAUCUUCACUUGCAAUCAAUUGCAAUUGUGUAGCUUACAAAUUUGCAGCUGUGUAGGCAAGUGUAUAAACAUGAAUUGGGCCCUCUGUGUAGAAACAGUGGUGCUUCCCAUAGUAAUAAAUCAUAUUCCAGCUGUCAUUUCAUCUGAUAUAGUUUAGAACGCGUUACAUUUAUAAAAUGACACCGUGUUCCUGUACCAGUCUGAGAGUAGACUAUCAUUACUACUUCAUUCUUCUGAGCUCCCUACUCCUUCCACUAUAUUUCAGUCUGGUCUUAGUUAUCUAUUGUAGGACUACAAAUUAUUAUCAUCUAGCCACUAUCUUAUGCAGGCCUUGGUGAGCAUUAUUUUGUACUCGACAAUACAGAGGUGUCCUCUUCUGUUGUGCGGGUUAUAAGGUGCGGCAUAGUAGCAGGUAUAUGCGUACGCACAUGGCCGCCAAUCUAAACAAUGGAAAGCACACAGCCAGCGUGGGUAGCGAUGCUUCCGCUACCCGUACAUAUAGAGGGGAGGCUGGAGGACUUCAUUAACGUGGGUAGCCGGAAGCUAUGCCAAUUAUACGCUGCUAAAAGCAGCAAAGACUAUAAGGGACAUAUCUGGAGCUAUGCUAGAAAGUGUGUGUUUUUCCUAAAUGCACAGACAUGCUCUGGGGUUGCCAUGACUAGUAAAGUCAUGGCAUAGCCAGCAGGGGAUCGGUAUGAAAUACCUCCAAUCAAAAUCCCAACGGUCGAAAUCCCGGCAGCAAUUGACCGACGGUCAAAAUCCCGACAAGGUCAAAAUCCCGACAUGGACAAAAUACAGACAUUUAAAAUACAGACAAGGUCAAAAUACUGACAUGUAAAAUGUCAACAGGCCAAAAUACUGGCAUGCGUUUUUCAGUGGGUUUUUUUUGUGUUUGUCGACAUAGGUCGACAUGGACACCAUAUAAGUGUACCACGUCCCCUCACUGAGCUCGCCAUGCUUCGGGCACGGUGCCUCGCUGCGCUCAGCACACUAUUAUAUAAAGUAUGAAUAAGUCGGUUUAAAUGAAAAAAAUCAUGAAAAACUCAUGUCGGCAUUUUACAUGUCUGUAUUUUUACCUUGUCGGUAUUUUAAAUGUCGGGAGUUUGACCUUGUCGGGAUUUUGACCGUCGGUCAAUUGCUGUCGGGAUUUUGACCGUCGGGAUUUUGAUUGGAGGUAAAUUGACUGCAUCCCAGCCAGCAGUACCUUUGCUGUUACCAUGCAGUUAACAGUAAGAUACUGCUUCAUUAAGCUUUCUGCACUGUACAAGUAUAGUUGUACUAAACUUUCUCCUCAAAGUUCAUUUAAAACUGUGGGGGAGAUGUAUCAAGCCUUGUGGUGAAGUUGCCCAUGGGAACCAACUGCUUCCUGCUAUUAUUUUAGUGUUUGCUUUGGACGAUUUACCUAUGCUCGUUUAAAUCCAAUGUGUUCACUUUUUUUCACAGUACUUGUUUUAGUUUUUUACAGCAUAUUUUGUGAAAUAAUAGUGAAAAGGUUAUUUUCAUGUUUUUUUUUCUUUGCUUAUUAUCAGAGGGAUUUAGGACUGCAGCCAUGUUGCCUGCUGCCUGUCAUUAUGCAGUCAAUCUGCCCCUGCUACGUAGUCUCCACUUACACACUUUCAUUUUGUGACAGAAUUCAAAUGUGAACAAUACUGAAAGUAGAGCUCUGUAAGUAGAUAAGAUACUAUAGUUAGUACAGAGACCAAGAUUGUUCAUUCCAGAUAAACCAAAUUGUGCAUGUAUGUUUAGUAGCACCAUUAGAGGAGCUAGGUAAAUUCUUACACCUGGGAUGUUAUAUAGUCAUCUUUUAGGCCUUAUACCCACUGAAAAUAUUUUUUUUUUCUAUUAACAGGGGUUUGUUACUCGCAUUUGAAGCAAACUAUAAAGGGCCCUACACAUUGGCCGAUCCACCGCUGAGCUGGCCGACGGCGGAUACGGCCGAUGGGGCGACCCGGCGGCGGAGGGGCAGUGACGGGGGGAGUCACCCGGCUGCAUUGAAGUGCAGGCAAAUAUGGACGAGAUUGUCCAUAUUGGCUUGCAUGUACAGCCGACGGGGGACCAGCGAUGAACGAGCACGGGUCCGCACAUCGUUCAUCGUUGGAGCCUCCACACUCAAAGAUCUGAACGGUAUCUCGUUCAUUUAUGAACGAGAUCGUUCAUAUCUUUGACUGAUGUCGGCCAGUGUGUAGGGCCUAUAAGCUUCCCCAAUGUGUUUAUUUGUUGUAAACAUCCACAAGCAAAAAAAUUAAAUGAAUUACAUUCCAAAACAAAGCAUAAUGCAAGCACAAUGCCAGUAGAACAUUGCAGUAAGCAUAGUGACACUAGAAGCCAAUGUCAUUUUACUGCUGUGAAACCCACUUGUAAAAUGCAUGUAUAAACCCUAAAUGUUGACCACAUGCAUAUUCAUAGAGAAAAUAACAAAUAGUAGUAGAAGUGCAGUUUAGAAAUCGGAAAGUGAUAUCCUGUGAGUGUUUCCCACAAACUUCUAGAAGUGCCUUUCAAUAAAGUGCUCUUGUGACGUUAUUACAGUGCCCUGCACAGCAAUAUUCUUGUGGGAUUGUGUAUAUAUUGUGAUCAUAAUGUUCAUUUGCAGUGUUCACUUUAAAUGUUGUUGUGUUCUAAUAUCGGAGCUGUGAUUUCUUCUGGGAUGUAGUUCUGUGACCGGUGGUCACAAUACCAGCACCUACAUCCCGCCCCCUCACUUUCUUCUCAAUGCAACUUUUCAGUUACCCAGCCAAUGCCAACCAAAUGUGUGAUGUGUGUAAUCUGUCUGAUUUACAUAAAUGAUAAGUAAUUACCACAAUACUUUGGGAGUGUAAGCAGUGUUUCAUCAAUAUACAUAUUAAGGAAGGUGAUUUUUUUUCAUGUUAAUCAUUUAAGACAAUGCUGUCAAUAAAAUAAAAAUCACAGAGUGGCUGACUAUGUAGCCAUUUCUAAUGUGAUUGUGUCCAAAAUCA